UCAUAACCACGUCUGCAAUCAAAUAUUGUUUUUGAAUUACGUUAUGAUGGGAUAAGAUCGAAGUAGAAUAAGAAACGUGUUUGAAGGGUUGUGCAUACUAUCGUUUACUACAUUAUAUCGGAUAUAAUAUAACGAUCUACUAUUAGAUUUUAAUAGGAAUUCUAUUAAUUUAAUUAUUUUAUAAAGUAAUUUAAUAAACAUGAAUUGGUCUAUUUUUCUAUAUACAUUAUCUGCUGUAAUUUUGACCAUAUCCGCAGAAACAUGUCAAAAACCAGAAGUUGUAGCAUCGGCGUAUGUAACAGAAGAUGCUACUGUUCUUACUAAUGUAGCUUUUACUACACAAUUCGUAUUAAAAUGCAGCAAUGGUGUGAAAGGAAUUCCAUUGUAUGCAGAAGUUGAAGGAAAAGCUUUACCUGCUGUAAGAUUAAGUGCAGAUAAUAAAUAUCAGGUUUCUUGGACAGAAGAAAUAAAAAAUGCAAGAUCUGGAGAUUAUAGUGUUAAGCUUUAUGAUGAAGAAAAAUAUGCUGCUAUUCGUAAAGCUUAUAGAAAUGGAGAAGAUCCUAGUAUAGUAAAACCAUUAGCUGUAGUUGUACUUAAUAAUCCAGGUAUUUAUCUUGGACCAUGGAUUAACUCUGAAUUUUUGGCAGCAUUUUUAGCUGCUCUUGUUUCAUAUGCUGCAUUCUCAGCUAAAUUUAAACUUCUUGCAUAGUAAAAAUAUCAUUUAUUACAAAGUCUCAUUUCUGUAUACAUCAUUAUUAAAUUGAAAUAUUCAUAUGUUAGAUUGAAAUUUUGUAAGCAUAAAUAUUUUAAAUGUGUUUGCUACUUCUAUAUUGUAAAAAUAUAAUGUAGGAUAUGAAUACAGUUUAAAUAUAAUUAAACAAAUGUAAAUAAAUUUGACUCAGUUUAAAUACAUUUUUAAAAUUGAAAAAAUUA